AUGGCCCACGAGCCUUUGCAUGGAUCAUGUUCCUGUGGCCGGAACGAAUACACCAUCCAUAUCCCUGACGAUGUCGCCGAUCACGCUCAAAUCUAUUUCGACACUGGUAGAGACAGCCGUCAAUUCCUCGCAUCCUGGCUGCGGGUCCCUCUAGAGUGGUAUCAGUCGCAUACUCUAUCCUUCUUCCCAGACGAGACUCACACGUCGAUCCGUCGCGUAUUCACACCUCCCCAUGCGCCACAGACUCGUCGCAUCUUUUGUGGUUUCUGCGGGACACCCUUGACCUUCUGGACGGAGGAACCCAAAGAAGAAGCCAAUUUCAUGUCCAUCUCAAUUGGCAGUUUGUCCCGUGAGCAUCAACGUGCCUUGGAAGAUCUUGAUUUGCUUCCGGAGGUGGUCGGCGAAGAAAAGUCUGUGGCCGGACUGGUAAAGUCCUCGGCUGCCACAGCUGGGUCCGACAUUCGAGCCUCUGCAAUUGUGGUUCCCAUUCUUGGUGAAUCUGAUAUCUCUGGAACUGUUCACCACGGCACUUUUGAUGGCAUCCCGUGGUUUGAGGAAAUGGUGGAGGGAAGUCGGCUGGGUCGUUUGAUGCGCCAACGUCGCGGGAUGGGUGUUAGUCACGACAAAUCGACCUCUAUCGAAUGGGAGAUCAGCGAAUGGCAGGGUGAUGGUUCUGGCGCGCUUGGGAAGGAUAGUGAUGAUUCUAAUGGGCAGGCUACGGGGAAGAGGAAGAGAGACCGUCACGUAGACGUGGAGCCCUCGCCCAAACGGGCGUGA